GCACCUGGCAUUUCUCUCUUGAAGCGAUCAAACGUCGCAUUCGGUUGCUCUUCCCGCGUGAGAAAUCGAUUGGAAAACACAACAGUACCAGGAAAACAGUACACGAUCUCGUGGGUCGCACGUAAAACGCUCGAUUAGAAGAAGGUAGCCGUAGUAGUAUGACGAAUGCGUGAAAAACAAAUAGUGGCAAUUAACAUUUCAGUCUAUUGAUGUAUUUGAUAUAUUGGCAAUAACCGACGUAUUUACGUCUUCGCGUGGGGGAACUGAUAAGAACAGUACUUGUAGCUAUAUGUCUACGUGCAGAUAUAUGUCUAGGGUAGGGAAUGGAUUUCGCACGCUUAAAGUCUCCAUAAAUAUUUAUCGCUACUGCAGCGUACGUCGCGGUAACAAGAAGCAUUGAGGUUAAUUUAUAGUAGACGAGACAAUCGUCGUCGGAGUCUAUCGCGAGUGAAAUGCGCGUCAUGAAGUUUGUCAUGUGUGAUCAGACUUCGGAGUAAUUUGCGAGCGAUCAUAUUUUCACUGAUUAAUGUCGCUCAUUGCGGAUCCCCCAUGGCGCCACAUCGAGUGGGGGAUUCCAUAUUCGUGGGGGGCACGUGGUCCGUCGUCAGCUAAAAGAGAGAGUUCUCAAAGAUGUAGCAGCAAAGAUACUUUAGCAGCAUUCAGACGACGUUCUGCGUAGUUCUUAAAAUUGUACUCGUAAGGACGCAUCUUGGAGGUUGAGAGGACCGAAUUCUUGAUAUUGUUUCAAGUUCAUAUAAACGAUUGCCAUUUGAAAGAACUCUUGGUGUAGUUGUGCCUGUUAACGGUGUCGAAGCGCCGAGGCGUUUUACAGCUGUGUGACAAUGGCGAAUGUUAAUGCGGCUGAUCUAGUGACUAGCGGUAAUUUACCUUCAGACAGACCGGAGAGUAUGGCGCUGAUGGGGACUCCAGUGGAAAGUGGUACCGCGCCGCCGAAGAAGAUACAAGAGAGCGAGCUGAAGUUGUAUCUGAGGCAGUCCUUGACCGCACUUGGACCAAUCAUGGGCACCAUAGCAGCAGGCAUGACUUCAGGCUACAGUGCUGUACUGCUUCCUCAACUUAAACCCGAUGACGGCAACGGCACGAGCUUCUCCAACGGCAGCUUCGACGGCGUUCAGGACAUCGUCGUGGAGUCUACGGAGCAGGAAUCCUGGAUAGCGGCGGCUGCUGCCCUGACGAUGGCUCCGGGUUGCUGGAUCUCUGGAAUCCUCAUGGAAAGGUUUGGAAGAAAGGUCUCCCACUUGAUUACAAGUCCGAUCUUUCUGGCCGGUUGGGUCACUGUGGGGCUGGCGUCGGACAUGACUUGGCUAAUCGUCGGGAGGCUACUUUGUGGCCUUUGCGUCGGUCUCCACGGUCCGCUAGGUCCGGUUUACGUUGCGGAAACGAGUCAUCCUCAUCUUCGUGGUAUCUUGUUGGCUGGCAUCAGUUUAGCCAUUGCGAUCGGCGUUCUGAUAUCUCACAUGUUGGGCACGUGGCUCCAUUGGAGGGUGGCGGCUUUUGUAUGUGGCGUAUUUCCGGUCUUGUGCUUCAUCUUCUGCAUCUUCUCCAAGGAGAGCCCUACCUGGCUUCUGGGGAAGAACAAGCCUCGCCAAGCUGAGACUGCUUGGAUCUAUCUGCGAGGUGAGCACGCGGUGGCUGAAUUCGAGUCGCUCAAGAAUAAGAAGAUCUAUGGUCCCAGUGUGGAUCAGAAGGUCAAGGCAAACGAUGAAUCUAAUUGGUGGAAGGUCAUCACAUCCGCCACAUUUCUUAAGCCUCUGAUCAUCCUCAAUGUAUUUUUUCUUACGACUCAGUUUUCUGGCGUCAACGCUGUUGCUUUCUAUUGCGUCAAAAUGUUGAAGGACGUUGCCGGUCCUGAAAAUGCCUAUUCGGCCACCCUCGUGCUUGACUUCAUACGCGUGGUCUUCAGCGUGGUUGCUUGCUGGCUCACCAGGAAUUACGGCAGAAGGAUACUUGCCCUUGUUUCCGGUUUAGGAUCGUCCUUCGCACUUCUCGCUCUCAGCGUCUGUCUUUUCUGGGAUAUUGGCAAACCCUACCUACCGGUUGCGCUCCUAAUUCUUUACACGUGCGUCGUGUCCGUUGGCUUGGUACCACUGCCUUGGCUACUCUGUGGAGAAUUAUUCUCCGCGUCGGUCAGAGGACUUGGUUCUGGUCUAAGUUCCGGUUUCGCAUUCAUGUGUUUCUUCGUAGUCGUUAAAACCGUACCGGCUAUGUUCGAGGAACUUCUUGCUCAAGGAACCUUCUCGGUAUACGGCAUAAUAGCAUUGCUCGGUACGAUUUUCCUGUAUUUCUACUUACCGGAAACAAAGGACAAGACUCUUCAGGAGAUCGAGGAAGCUUUUACGAGGAAGUCGAAAAAUAUUAAUAAGGAGAAGAAAAGCGGCGUAGUAUAAAUGACAUGGCAAACAAUAUUUAUGGGCAUUAAUUAUAAUUCUCCAGUUUACCGAGAAAAAUUUGAUACCUCAUAAAAAACUUUUACGAGGGUCAUGAAACUCUUCAGGCAAUGAUAUUUCCUAUGAUGAGAUCAGCCUGUGUUCCAACUACGUUAGCAUCUUUAUUUUGUAACAUGUAGAUGUUUCGUACGUUAGAGUAAACUCGAGCAUGGCGUGCUGUCUCAGUGGCAGUAGCACUUGUUAAUCAACGAUUCAAAGGAGAUCUUCUGAUGGCACCACGCAUAGAAUGUAUUUUUCUAACGCAACCCUGUAACCGGGCUCGUAAGAGUAUCCUUUAUUUACGAUGAAUGAAGUCACGACGUUAUGUUACGUUGAUUCCGCACGGUCAAUCAACCUCACUUACCCGCGUCUAAAGCCGUUAGAGCUAUUGUUUAAAUAGAAAUGCGAAUGGACAAAAGGGACGGCACGCGAGCAUCUAUUACCUUGGAGAAAACUGGCAUUUCAUCCACGUCAAAGUUCCAUCGUACGACAGAGUUAUCACUAUGAUUUACUUACCUUGAUAACGAUCAUCUAGUCUAAACUGUUAUUUCGUAACUGUUGAGGUUGCUCGUCAGGUGGCUCCACCUAAGCACACGUACACGGAAUGAUAAAAUCAGAUCUAACGAAAUCUUAUAGAGAACGCAGCUGAAUCAAUAAUUGAACGAAUUUUUGGAAAACGCAAAAAAAUCAUAUAGAGGUCGUUUCUGACGUCACCGCUCCAUGUACGUAUGCACGCAUAGAAUAGAACAAAUUAAAUAAGUUUAAUGUAAAUUUAAUAGGUUAAUUUGAAUAAAUUUAUUAAUUUAAAUAAAAAUAUAUUUGCCGAUAUUGAACUUUGAACCACAUCGUAAAUUUCGAUCCGAGACACUCGUACGGAUUUAAUGUAAAAAAAUGUCGCGAUGCUGUGCAUCAAGGAUUGCCUGAUUUUCGGCAGCAGUGCCUCUAAUGCGUAUGAGCUUAUACACGCAUGCAUCCACAGUUUCACGUACACGUGUAACUUGGCCCGAUAUCGUCCGGGGUGUGAAUGCACGCACACACUACCGCGCUGAUGGAAAUAACGGGCGUUCGCCGUCGUGUUGACGAAUGUAAUUAAAUUAAAGCGUGAUUUAUGAGAAAGGUUCGCCAGGCAUACAGGCGUCGUUUGUUUUCCUAGCAAAUGGGGAUCGACGAGCCGUAAUGAGUAGCAUAAAUAAGAGGCUGUACUUAUAAGUGAAAAAAUGUAAAGAAAGUAUCGGCUACAAGUGGUACCGUGAAACACGAGGAAUUAUGAGGCGAUCACGAAGAACACAAACAAAGGAUAGACGAAGAGCGUUGUCGUAAGUGGGAAUAAAUCGCGCUCGAUGAAACAAUACGAGGCGCUUUGCAAUUUGCACGAUGACGAUUACGCGUGCAAUUUGAAAAAUUUCACGCGUCAGAGCGUCCGCUAAAGCGCCGCUGAAGCUUUGGAGAAAAAAAGUCUGCACAGAAGUAGAGUGGUAUAAUAGCCAUUUGCUGAUGAGGAAUCUUAUAGUGUCUUGUACGUUCGGCAGGUGGCGCGCGGGUCUUUUCUUUACGGCGAAGAUCAGUUGCGAGCUUCACUUUAUAAUUUUCCACUGUCGACAGGUAUUUAUUACUUCCCGCCGAAGGAGUAUACUCCUCAAAGAACGAUUCAGCCUUACAAACAACAUUUCAAUUUCGAGACUUGAAAGGAUCUUGAUCAAACGGGAACAAAUAUAUGUAUAUGUAUACUUAA